AUGCACAUCAGAUUCAGAGGCAAAGCUGUAGUUGUAUCAACUCAGUGUUCCAUAUAUCAUUGCAAUGGCUAUAGAGACUUCCGUUUCAGAUCUCAAUAUCUCUACUCAUCAACCUCUACACCUGCCCCGACCCAUUUCUUGGUGAAAUACCUUGUUGAUUCUCUCGGAUUCUCCGAUGAAGAAGCUGCCUCUACAUCCUCCAAGGUAACUUCAUUGAAAACCUUUAAGAAUCCUGAUUUAGUCAUCAAUUUCUUGAAACAAAUCGGUUUGGACAAUACCCAGAUGAAAAAAAUGGUUUCUUUAGCACCCAAAAUGCUAUUAUCAGAUGUUUCCAAAACCCUAAAACCCAAAUUCCAGUGCCUUAUGGAUAUCGGGUUAUCCGGGUCGGACCUGGUGAAUGUAAUUGCUAGAGAUUCAAAAAUUGUUGAAAGAGGUUUAGAUACUCAUUUGAGACCUACCAUUGAUCGUCUUAGGAGAACUUUGGGUAGUGAUGAAAAUGUAGUGAAGGCGUUAAAGAGAGCUCCUUGGUUGCUUACUUUUGGUGCUCAUAAUAUUAUGGAGACUAAUCUAUUGUUGUUGAAAAAUUGUGGUGUUCCUGAUGAGGGAAUAAAAACACUCGUGCUUAGAAAUCCUAGGUAUUUUGCACAAAAUCCUGAGUGGAUUAAGGGUUUGUUGCAUAGGGUGGAGAAUGAUUUUCGAGUUCCGCUUGACUCUCCUAUGUUUCCUUAUGGAUUUCAUACAUUAGCCUCACAAAAGCAGUGUACCGUGGAUAGGAAGAUUGGAAUUUUCAAGAGUUUUGGAUGGUCUGAUAAUGAGAUAUUUGAGAUGUUUAGGAAGUUUCCUUAUUGUAUUGCUCAGUCAGAGGUCAAAAUUCAGAAAGCAUUGAAUCUUUACAUUAAUGAGCUUGGUUCUGAACCUGCUUACUUGGCUUCUCAGCCUUCAGUUUUGAUCUAUAGUCUGGAAAAAAGGGUGCUACCUCGGAUGCAAGUCUUGAAAAUUUUAGAUGAAAAUAAGCUUGAGAGGAGAAAGUUGGCUCUUUAUACUGUUGUGAGCUUAUCAGAGACAAAGUUCAUUGAUUAUUUUGUGCUGCCCUACAAGGAUCAGAUACCUGAUUUGUAUGAAUCACAUAAGAAAACUGUGGCUCCCUAG